AUGUCUGGAAUAUCCGACGCCUUGCGUUAUGUGCAACGCACGGUAGACAGGUCGAAAGGUUCGCCACGGAAAGCACGUUUACGUGGCACGGUAGCCCCUGUUCGCCCGCAGUUGCACAGCGACCCGUACAUGACUCGCGUCGACAUCGAGGACCAUAUAGUUCCUUUGUGGGAUCACCUAGGAGAACGUGAAGGAGAUUCGGAACGUCGUGAGGUUACGGACGUCGAUUUGGAGUAUUCCUACAGCUUAGAACAGUUUAUUCAACGUUCCUCCAUUGCCAGCGAUUAUACGGAGUCAUCUUACGAUGACGAUUUCAGUCGUUUUUCUGAGUCUGAAGUGGAGGAUAGUGAUGUUCGUGGCGUAUAUUUGGAUGGCGUUCAAAGCGAACGAGUUCAGCCGGGUGUGUUAGAUCCUGAGGCACAUCCGGUGUACAUCGAAGGUGUUCCUAUACACGGUGGUACAGUUGAGUGUCUGGAUAUGUCACCGUAUCGUGAUCAAUUUGGAGUUUUGGGUUACGAGUGGUUUAUAGGUAUUGAUUUCAACUGUGCUGAUCGCUACGACCCAGUGCGAAUAGGCAGGGAUCGUCGUUUGUUUGUGCCAUUGGAUGCUGUAGGCAAGUAUAUAUUUUGCCGAGCUCACCGUCGUGUGGAGCACCAGGCUGUUGAAGAGUUCAAUUUACCCAAAGUUGGUGUCUACGACCCUCAUGUAUCCGGGUCACAUAAUGCAGGUUAUCUUCCACAUGAUCAUUUUUACGAUAUAUCGAGCUGGUGUGUAGCCGGUCCAGUAUAUAUGUGCGAUGAGUGGUCUCUACAGAUAAUGAAAAGUCUUUCUGAGGGGGUACAUACUAUGGAUGCGUUAUUAUACUACGCUGAUGACCUUGUUAGGGGUUCUACUACGGCAAAUGACGAGGAUUUCGGGCACGUUACUGUGCACAUCGACUAUGAAGGAGUGGCUCUAAGGGACCAUGGCAGCCUCGAUGCCCAUGUAUGUUCAGUUCAAAAUAUGCGCAAAAUAUACAACUCACGUGUGUUUGGUGGUGAAGACACUACCGCCAAUUUGGAAUUUUCCGACUUUGAGGUUGAGGAAUCAGGCGAAUGGUUGUUUCUGAGCAUACACAAGUGCGAACCGUUAGUGUGUUAUGUAUCUCUUAAAUUCUCUGACGAUUCUCAACGUGUUUUGGCAUUUUUUAUGAUAUCAAGCUUCCGCUUCCAAAAGGCAUUGGGGCACGAUACUAAGUAUUGGCAUUCGCAAUUGAUUCGUACUGAUGUGUCUAGUAUCCGUGAUAUGUUCCGCGAAUCAUCUUUUCUUUGA